CAUUCAUAAAUUAAAAAUAAACUUUUUUUUUCAUUGGGUUUUUUUAAAUAGAUGUUAAUAGAUCCAGCAAACCCACCAGGAUUAUUCAAAAUUGUAUUUAUUUCAUUUUAUAGGCCUAUUCAUAUAUGAAUUACAUAAUUUUUUUGUGCCUUGCUUUUAGAAUUGUACAACAAAAGAAUUGCAUGGCAAAUUCAGAUUAAGCAGCGACCCCUGCAGGGCGGUCAGGAUCAGGUGAGCGAGCGGAGAGGGAGUGGCCAUGCACGCAGGUGAACGGGAAGAAGGAAGACAGCCUGAGAGGCACGGUCUUUGUUGUGGCAGUCUGAAGGAUGACAAGAUCCUGAUGAAAAUGGGUUUGGGACUGGUGCUGGUUGGUCAUGUGAACUUCUUGCUGGGGGCACUGGUACACGGAGUUGUGCUCCGACACAUCAAGGUGUUCACUUGGAACCGGAAACUCGUCUACCCUAUCUCCAAUGUCAUUGCUCUUGUGGCAGGACUCAUGGCAAUUAUUGGUGGAAUCUCAGCUAUUGUUCUCUCAAAGAACAAGAAAAACCAGCUGCUGAGUUGGUUUCUACUAAUUGUUAGUGUCCUGGGGUGCCUUUUGGGUGCCGCCUCUGCAGUGGCGAUCAGUGUUGCCACAGGGAGGGCCAUACAUCAGGAAGGAUACACUCUGUUUACCCACUGCAACCUGUCUAACAACAUGAGCUACUACAGCAUCACAAAUGAGUGCCCAUUUGACCCCACACGCAUCUAUGGUACUACAUUAAUCCUAUGGUUUCCAUUGAUUCUGAUGUGGGUGGAGGUUGUAUUCUCCUGUCGCUGUUUCUUGGCCUGCACUUCUUUCCUCCGGAUGCGCUGCCCGUGGAGAACAACUGUCACUAGGAGGGUGCGUGUCCAGCUGCCAGAAGAAACCGCACUGCCACCAGAAUUUGAUUCAAAUGAGGAGGAACCAGCAGAACAGCGUGACCUACUUGACAAAGACACUGUUGCUGUGGAGACUAGUGAUUGGCUAUAAUUCAAAAAUAUAAAUCAUAUGAACAAUCGAUGCUUUUCAUAACUGCUGCAUGACGGUGGACCAAGAAAUGCCAAGUAUCAAUGCACAUAAAAAGUAAAAGUGCUGCCCACUGAAGUGGUUAGAAGGUGAAGCGAGGCGGUGCUCUGACAUCUAAUGAAGCCGUGAUGAUGAGUGUUAUUCUUCAGUCUUAAAGGGUCAGACUGUGCGACUAAGCCAAGUACUAUUGGCUUCACCAUGUAAAGUGCACAAUGUUUUAUAUAUUUACAUCAUGAACAUGUUGUGUGUGUUUUGUUACAUGUUUUCUACUUGAUGGGAUUCCUUGUUACAUUUAUAUAAAAUGUUUUUCUCUUCGUAACAGAAUUUCUAAAAUUGCUCCUAAUAAGAAUUACGGGUCAAAUAGAUAUCUCUAUAAUAA